AUGAACAAGAUCAUCAAGCACCAUCCUCGCAGCGUGCAGACACACAAUGACCUGAUUCUGAACUGUCUGGAGGACAAGGACGAGUCCAUUCGGCUGCGCGCUCUGGAUCUCCUUCACGGCAUGGUCACCAAAAAGAACCUCAUUGAGAUUGUCAAGAAUCUGGUUCGCCAUCUUAACUCGCCCAAUACGAGUCCUCACUUCCGCUCUGAGCUGGUCUCUACCAUUAUCAAGAUUUGUUCGCAGGACAACUACUGUUACAUUGCAUCCUUCCAGUGGUAUGUGUCGGUUUUGGUGGAACUGGCUCAGCUGAAUGAAGACAAGAAUGGCGAGCUGAUUUCCAACCAGCUCCUCGACGUUACCGUCCGAGUGGCCACCGUUCGAUCCUUCGCAGUUAGCCAAAUGGCAAGUUAA